AUGAAUGCUGACAUCCUGCAGCUCAUGGGGAUGCAAUUUUCUGAUCCCAAAUCCAAAUCCCAGGAUUUGGAGAAGCAGGGCAAAGGUGUCAUUGGCAGGGCUCAAAAGCCACCUGCAGAGGCUGCAGUCCCUAUGCAAGAAGCUGGUAGGACUGGAUCGAGGAAAUUGGACGAUGAGGAAGUCAAGGGUUCCCUGAUUGCAUCCACAUCAGCAAGCAGAAAGGGUAAAGGAAAGGAGGUGUUGAAACCAGAAGGUCACUGCACCACAAACAAGAAAAAAAGACAGAGGACUGAAGAUGCUGAACCCAUCACUGAGUGGGUUCCUUUCCUCAAUCAAAUCACCUGCCCAUUGGAUACAAAGGUGAUCGAUUGGGAAUCAUUGAAUAUAAGAACAUAUGCUCCAUGGUUCAGUAAAGUGGACUGUGAUGUGGUUGAGUACAUGUCCAAGGCUGCAUCUGCCACUGAAUACCAGUAUGGACAUGGGCAGACAAUGCUAGUGGAGCUGAAGUAUGAUGGGGACAAGGGCUCACUCGCACAGCUAAUCGCGAACAUCAGUGAUUCACUGUCGAGGGGAUGUGCAGUGUUGACAUUCGCUUCUGCCCAACAAUAUCACAAGAAGUCAUUGUUCAAGCAUGCAGAGCAGCAGGAGGCAAAGGGGGGGCCAGACAUGAGCAAAGUUUUUGAAGUGCUCAGCAGAGUAAAAUUCAUCGAGCUUGCAGACAAUGAAAAUACAUGCAUGAACCUCCUUGACUUCCCAAAUACCCAGCCUGAGGUUCCCAUAUUCCUCAGGCAACUAUCCAACAAUGUAAACACAAAGACCAUGACCAUGAAUGAUGUUUAUCUCCCCCAUUCUGGUAAGAACACAGGAAAAUCAUAUUAUGGUGUUCAGGCAGUCUUGGGGGAUGUCAAACGACUUCAUGGAUGGGAUCUACUGAUGCAUGGGGGUUUUGUCACAUACCCUCACCAUGAUGCAGCAGGGCUAUGCACAUACAUCACUGUACAGUCUGGCAGCAAGAUAUGGGGUUAUUUUGACACCCCUGGAAGUCAGGAUGCAAGCACAGAGAAUCUAUUCAAGGCCUGGGACAAUAUUUUUGCUGACAACGUCAAUCUUAAGUUCCACAAGUAUCCUCUCAGGACCAUUCAUCUUCAAUGUGGAGAUACUCUGAUUCAGCCUCCUGGGGCUAACCACAUGGUGUACACUCUGCAGAAUGGCCUCAUGUCUGGGGGUCAUUUCCUUUCAUAUUCCACCAAUCAUCUCAUGGAGAUCACAAUCAAUUAUGACUGCUCAAAGGUUCCUGAAGGUGAACGGACCAUGCAUGGGCUGGCAGGCACUAAUGCAGUGCAUCCAGCAAUACAUCACAUCAUCAUAUGGAUGGUACUGGCCCUUCCAACAAUGGCGAAGGACAGAAUGAGGACAUUUUACCACAGGCCACUGCUGGCCAUGAUUUCACUGAUAGAGAGCAAGAAAGGAAAGUACAAGUCAGCUGAAGAUGUGGAUCAUAUGCCUGCCAUGGAUGAGAGGGAUAACAUGAGGAAAGAGAUAGCCAAUGAGUCUGAAGCAGUGAAGAAAAUAAUAUUGCAUCUCAAGAAGGCCCUUCAGGUAAUGGAUGCCAAAAAAGAACUGGAGAAGGGUUCAUGGUGGGAUCAUGGACUGGUAUGUGAACUCUUUAACAUCUUCGAAAAAUACAAAUCUGCAUAG